AUGGCCUCUCACGUCGUGGUCAUCGACUCGACCGCUCGAAGAAGCAUGAUAAAGACAACCCCGAACAAGAAUCUGAGUGAGGUUCUAGAAGAAGCUUGCGGCAAGCUGGGACUAAAUCCUGCCCAGUAUGGCUUAAAACACAACAACAAGCAAGUCGAUCUAUCCAGAACGAUACGGCUCUCUGGACUCUCUUCAGGCGCCAAACUAGAACUCGUCCAGUUGUCCAAAUCUGCAGGCGUAGUCUCCAUAGCCCUACAAUUACCAGAGUCCGAAGCACGCGGAACGCCCAGUGCUCGACUUACAGACAGGUUCCCCAGCUCAACCACGUUAUGGCUGGUUCUCAGAAAAUUCGAAGCUGGAGUCGCCGGCGGAACCGAAAGGGCGCGAAAUUUCACAGCCAGAGGAGUUCCCUCGACGAGGCGGGGCACUUCAGGAGCGGGAAGAUUGUACUAUGAACAGCCCGUGUUACAAGUGAUGAAUAGGGAGCUGUCAUCUUUUACAGAUCUGCAAAAGCCGUUGGUGCAACUAGGUCUGAACAGUGGUACGGCACUGCUGAGGCUGAGCUUCCGAGCCACUGAAACUCCGUUGGAAGAGGCGAUGGCUCAGAUACAAGGCUAUUUCGAAUCUGUCGAAGGAUCAACUGUUCCAGGAACUCCGUCCCCAGAAAUCCCGUCUUCAAAUCAACCUGCAGUCCAAGCAGACGAGGAGAAGGAUCCAAUAGACAAGACUCCUUCGGGACCAGCUCCUCAGCCCCAAGAGCAACCUCUUGCGCCAUCAUCUCCGCAGCCAGAACAGUCAUCCUCAGCAACAAGUCGACCGGUCUCCGUGUUCCGACCUCCAAGCUCAUCCACCCCUUCAGCCGCCCGUGUAUCUCACAACGAAGCCGAUUACACUCCCACCGUCGAACAUGCACAUGUGCAUCAGAAACUACUACAGCAAAAUUCACGAAAUGUCCGGUUACCCACCGAAGCCGAACUCGUAGCGCAGGCCAACGAAGAAGCGGCCAAGUUGGCCGCGGUGAAGGCAGUGGAGAUUAAGAUCCGAUUCCCCGACCAGAGUGCCGUGAGCGCCAAAUUUGGUCAAAUUGACACGGCAGCAGACUUGUACCACUUUGUCAGGGAAUGUUUAGAGGAGAAGUGGCGGUUAGAAGCGUUCAUGCUCAGAAAUCCGGGGAUCAGAGGGAAGAAUGAAGUAAUUCCGGACGAUGGAGCGAAGAAAUUGAUUCGAGAUCUUCAAUUGAAGGGCCGCGUGUUGGUGGUUUUCGGCUGGGAUGAUAAAAGAGCUAGCGUUCCAGCGAGGAGUGCCAAGGCUGUUUUGAAAGAGGAAUUGAGAGCUCAGGCUCAAGAGCUGAAAGUGCAAGAUAUCCCGGACGUGCAGGACGAUAAAGAUGAUCCCGGUGUCAAGGUCAAUACGGCGAAAAAGGAAAUGCCUGCUGAAGAAAGCUCUGAAGGGAAGAUGAAGCUGCCGAAAUGGUUGAAAGGGUUGAGCAAGAAAUAA